AUGUCGAUUUUUUCCGAAGACGUCCUGCUGACGCGCUCCCGGAGCAACAGCGAGUCGCAGUUCAAGUCCACGCGCGCGGAAAAGCGUCUGGGCCGGCUGUUCAAGCCGCCCGCCAGCACGAGCUCGACCCCCAAACCGGGCCCCUCGAGCGCCAACAGCUCGACGGCCAGCAUAGCGUCGUCGGUGCCGGCUGCGGGCGCCAAGGGCGAGCCCAAGCAGCUUGCGCUGGAGGAUCUGAAGUACCAUGUUGGCCGCAACCUGCGCAGCAUGAGCCAGAGCGCGAUUCCUACCUCGCAGAAUGGCGGGCUGUCUGCGUCGGCUCUGCCCCGAAAGCCGUCGCUGGCGUCGCAGACGGCCGGCACGGACGGCAAGCUGACCACGUUGCGCGAGGUGCACGGCUCGCCCGGGUCAGAACGGCUGGCCUUUUCGGACACCAUGAAAAUGGCACACAAGGUGCGAUUUGUCUAUUCCGAGUUCACGGGCGUGCUGAGGAACUUGGGGAUCUCGAUCAACACACGCCAUCCAGGAGAGUCUUCGCGCGCAGCUGGCGACGCAGCUGGUGGAGCUGCUGAAGGACCUGCGCAAGAUCGUCGACCACCUCACGUUUCCGAGCCACAUGGUGGCGUCGAUGGGCACGGAAACGAUCCGGAUGGCGUACUUCUCGCUGUUCUCGCUGCUGGUGGAGCUGACGGGCAUCUGCAAGAUGCUCGACCCGUCGUUCGCGCCUCGGACGCAGCAGAAAGGCGCGCAUCCCGCCCAGGUCUCGGCGGCCCCGCUGGCGCCCCAGAAACUGCGCACGCAGCCGCCCAAGAUCAACAGGGCGCCGCCGCCAAAUCCGCAGCACGCUCAGACGAUUCCCGUUCCGCAGCGCCAGCCAUCCGUGCACCGCCAGCCGCUCAAGGUCGACACGAGUCUGCCGGCGGUCGCGCGGCAGGACUCCGAGCUGAGUGCCAUCAGCAACAUCGAGUCCACGACAGACAACGAGAAGCUGUACGACACCAUCGGCUUCACGACACAGGCGGCACACGCCGUGUUCACCCAGCUCAACGACGCGCUGGCCAAGAGCGCGAUCAGCACCGCGCAAAACACACAGAACUCGCACAUCUCGCCGGACGCCGUCCCAGACAACCAGGACCUGCCCAACAUCGCGCAGAAGGUGAAGGAGCUCACGACGUACUGCAUGAGCUCGAUGGAGCAGACCAAGCGGAUCCGGGCGGUGCUCAGCCAGACGCGCACCGCGCAGAGGCUCGACGAAGACCAGCAAUUGCGGCUCUACGAGGAGACAAACCUGUUUCUGAAGUCGAUCAUCAGCUUCCUGGCAGCCACGAAGGGCGCGUUGCAGGACAUGCCCGCGCUGAACGAGGUGCGUGGGGCGCUGUCGAGCCUGACGCGAGCCACCAAGGAGCUGACGAUCCGUCUCGAAACAAGCGUGCUCAAGCAGUCGGUCACGAACGCCACGGACCAGCCGCCGCUCUCGUCGAUCCCGUCGGUCGCCAACUUCCAGAACGGCCAUUUGGGCCAGGACGCCGCCGCCCGCACGGUCCCGUCGCCGCUCCCGGCGGAGAAGGAGGACUCGAUGCAGCAGCAGGUGAAAAGUCUCCAGACGAGCGGCCUCGAGCACGUGGCGCAGCUGCCGGUGACAACGCCGCUCGUGGCGUCCAUCGGGCCCACCGCCGCCUCGGUCGUGCUGCCGGUCGCCUCGCCGAUGGGCGUGACCGUCAACCCGCCCGAGUACAACCCGUUCGAUAA